AUGGGCGUGGAAGAUCCUGCCGCUGUCGACGCAACGACACCGAAGAAGACGUGUCUGCGGUCCACAAAGGACGCGAUCGCCGGCCACUGGACCGUCCCGCCCAAACACCGCACGGCCGAGCAGGACGCAGCCGAGGCGUGGCUCAUCACCUGGUAUCUGGGCAAGAACCGCUACUUUUCGUUGCCGGUUUUGCCCUUUUCGCGAUGGUACCUCUUCUUCGCGAGUUUCCUGGUGCAAUUUUGCAUCGGCUCUCUGUACUCGUGGUCGGUCUUCAAUAAACCCAUCGACCUGCACGUGUACGACGACGACACAGCCGGGCGCGCUGUCAAUGCCUUCUACACUGCCGUCGGUGUCUUCGGCACUACCACCGCCAUCAUGGGACCGUGGAUUGAGCGCCACGGCCCGCGCGCCGGCGUGAUGCUCGGUACGACGUCGUUUCUCAUUGGCAACAUCAUUGUAGCCAUCGGUGUGCACUACAAGGCGAUUGCAGCCAUUUACAUCGGCUACGGCGUCUUCUGCGGCUUCGGUAUGGGGCUUUGCUAUAUUUCGCCCGUCUCAGCGCUUCAAAAAUGGUUCCCGGACUACCGAGGCACAGCCGCCGGCUUCGCAGUCGGCGGAUACGGUGCCGGCUCUGUCGUCUGGGCUAAAGUCUACUUGCCAUGCAUUGACGCAGUGGGUCUGUCUUCCACCUUUAUCCUCAUUGGCUGCGUCAUGGCCUUUGCCAUGUACGUGUGUGCUAUAAUUCUCCGCUCUCCACACCACGAAUUUGUGGUUAGUGGCCUCAAUAUCCACGGAGAGGCCGUAGAAAAGGCAGACGAACUCACCCACCGCGGCGAGAAGGUCAGCGUCUUGUCUUCUCAUGAGUAUGAGUCCAUUACGACGCCCACAGCACGGGAUAUCCAGGAAAUCGUCGAGCCUACCACAGCUACCAACACUCUGGUACGCAAACUCUCCCUCAUUGACGCCAUUAAAACGCCGGACUUUCUGUGCAUGUACAUCAUGUUCUUCGCCAACCAACUGUACGGCCUUAUUGUACUCUCGAAACUCUCGAGUAUGUGCACGGACAUCUUUAACAAGACCCCCGGCCAAGCGUCUGAUAUCGUAUCGGUUAACGGCGUUUUUAACUGUUGCGGUCGCUUGAUGUUUCCGCUCAUGUCGGACAUCUUUGUGCGCAAAUUUCACGUCGAGCACGCGUUUGCGCGUAAGUGGCUGUACUUCUAUGCACUGGCAUCGCAGGUGAUCAUCCUUGGCUUGCUUCCAAAGAUUUUGGAGAAGGAAAACUACACGGCCUUUGUGGCUGUUAUUUUCAUCUUAACAGCCAGUUAUAGUGGCGGCUUUGGAACCAUUCCGGCGUUCUUAACUGAUAUGUUCGGAGCAUUUAACAUCGGCGCCAUGCACGGGUUGAUCUUAACAGCGUGGUCUAUCGGCGGCGUUGUCGGAGGAAUCUCUUUUAACCACACGUACGGUGACCAGAUCGCCGAUGGCUGGGAGAUCCACGAGGCCUACUCGUACACAGUUCGCCGUAUCUUUAUCAUUCUUAUCAUCGGCUUCGUGGUGCUCUUCUUCGUGCGCACGAACGCCACAGAUCGCUUCGAGCCCGGUUAUCAUCUCAGUAUCUUUGGGAGACGAAUCGUCAAUAUCAAGGGCAAACAGGAACCGAAAUAGGAAGAGCCGCUACUUGAGGCAGCGUAA